ACUCGUUAUGGGGCUCCUGCCUUCUACCGUUGCACCACGAACCUACGGAGAUCUAAAUAGGAAAUUACCUACUUGGGAAAUAUGAAGAAUGUUCAAGAAUUGGAAGCAGCGACUAAUUUGUCCAUAGCUGUGGUAAUCGUUAAGAGGAACGCGAUCAAUACGCUUAGUUCCAUCUUCAAUAUAUCAUGAAUCGCUCGCUCUCUAUCCGUUCUAACAAAGGAGGCCCGGUAGGCUCACCAACGCCCGCCCGCCGCAAGGGCUUCUCCUUCGCGUCGCUGCGCGGGUCGAUCCAGCCAGAGCUGUCGCGGCGCUUGUACCAGCUGAUUAAGUCGACCAACAACCUAGUGUCGGCGCAUGAAGCCGCGGGCCGAGAGCGCGAGACGAUCGCAAAGCAGUUAUCUGAGUGGGGCGAACAGACGGGGGACGAUGCCGUGUCAGAUAUCAGCGACAAAGUUGGUGUCGUGUUAUCCGAGCUCGGCGCUCAGGAGGAGACAUAUGCCCACGGCCUCGACGAGGCCCGUGGCAUCCUCAAAUACAUCCGUAACACGGAGAAGAGUGUCCAACCCAGCCGCGAUUCUAAGGCCAAGAUCGCCGACGAGAUCCAGAGGCUCAAACAUAAAGAGCCCCAGAGCUCCCGCCUCGUAAUCCUCGAACAAGAGCUGGUUAGAGCCGAGGCUGAGAAUCUGGUCGCUGAGGCCCAACUGACAAAUAUCACUCGUAACAAGCUGAAGGAAGCCUAUGACGCCGAAUUCGCCGCCGUGAUUGAGCGCGCAGAGAAACAAAUCAUCCUUGCAAAACACGGCCGGCGCCUCCUCGAGCUGCUAGAUGAUUCACCCGUCACACCUGGCGACGCGAGACAUACCUACCAGAACAGCGGCGCCGCCCGACAGGUCUUGAACGAUGCCGAGGACGACCUCAAGAGCUGGGAGAGGAACACCGAUAGCUUUGACUCGGUUGCAGGAGGCUACGACAUGACGGGCGUUGGCCAUACUGUUAACGACGGUAGUACUGCUACUAGUAUGGGCGGGAAGGGAGGGGGUCAGGCGCCUAUCAUGACUGAUGCUGGUCGCGCGUCCGCUGACGGUGGUGAGCAUCACCAACUAACGGGAGGGGCGAGCGAGGCGCCGUAUGUGAGCCCGACACCGACUUCGACCGAUGAUGAGAAUAAUGAGAGGAGGCUCUAAGUAGUGGUAAAACUAAUAUGUUACUCGCUUGAGCUAACAUGAUAAAUUGUUACAAUGGGAGGUUUUCUGGAAAGGGUGAAGUUUUGUUUAGUUUUAGUGUAUGUAUAUUCUCUCUGCUUGAAUGGGAUUGGGAUUAUGGGAGGGUUUAUUCAUCGGUGAUAUAAAUAUAUCGGGCUCGUAGUAGGUUUAGGUAUUAGGAAAUGGGAAAUGGGAAAUGGUAGGGCUUGGGAUAAUGGAAGGCUUCAAGUUGUUAUAGCUGUUGGUUUAAUGAAUUUGCUAUUUUCCUCCCUAAGGUAGUUAAAGGAAAGUCUCACAUGUUAGUAUGCACAUACGAAGAACAUUGAUGCAUUU